CCCCUCUUCUCCUCUCCUCUCUUUUUUAACUUUCAUCUCUCUCUCUCUCUCUCUCUAAGAACCAAUUAGGGCUUUUUUCUCUCUCUCUCUCUAAGAACCAAUUAGGGCUUUUCUCUCUCUCUCUCUCUCUCUCUCUCUCUGUUACUAAAAAAACUCACACACCUUCUUCCUUCCUCCAUUAAUGGCUUCCACCUCCAAAUCUUAAACCUCAAUCCACCAUUUCUUCUCAAUUCCUCCCUUUCCUCUCACUAAUUCCUCUCCAUUUCUUCUCCUCUUCCCCUUCCCUAUCAUGGAGUUAAGCAAAGUCACCUUAGAGAUCUUUACCAAGCUCGAACAGCAAUGGCUCUCUCAUCAAUGCGACUCCGUCAAGAAGAUUCGCAUUCUCAGCAUCGACGGAGGUGGAACCACUCCUACUGUUGCUGCUGCUUCACUUAUUCACCUCGAAGACCAGAUCCGCUUCAGGACUGGCGAUCCUCACGCUCGCAUUGCUGAUUUCUUCGACCUCAUUGCUGGUACUGGCAUUGGAGCUAUUCUCGCUUCCAUGAUUCUCGCGGAUGAUGGUUCUGGUCGUCCUCUGUUCUCUGCUAGGGAUGCUGUCAGUGCGAUUUCCUCUAGGAAUUCGGAGAUGUUUAGAGUCAAAUUCGGUAGUGGAAUUUGUCGACGGAGGAGGUUUUCUGGUAGGUCCAUGGAUGGAGUGUUGAAGGAACUUUUUAAGGAUUUAUCGCUGAAAGAUACUUGCAAACCUCUUUUAGUUCCUUGUUUUGAUCUCAAGAGUUCUGCUCCUUUUGUUUUCUCUCGUGCUGAUGCUUCUGAAUCGCCGAGUUUCAACUUCGAGCUUUGGAAAGUUUGUCGUGCUACGGCCGCGACGCCGAGUUCUUUUAAGCCGUUUCAUCUUACUUCUGUUGAUGGAAAGACCUCUUGUACCGCCGUUGAUGGCGGCUUGGUUAUGAACAAUCCGACUGCCGCUGCCGUCACUCACGUGCUUCAUAAUAAACGCGAUUUUCCGUCUGUCAAUGGCGUUGAGGAUUUGCUUGUUCUGUCGUUAGGUAAUGGAUCGGCUAGUGGUGGCAACGUUAAGGUCCGGCGCAACGGUGAGUGCUCGACGUCCGUCGUCGUCGGCAUUGUGCUGGACGGUGUCUCCGAUACCGUCGAUCAAAUGCUCGGAAAUGCUUUUUGCUGGAAUCGGACGGACUAUGUGAGAAUUCAGGCAAACGGGUUAGUGGACGAAGAAGGGGAAGUGUUAAAGGAGAGAGGGGUCGAAACGUUGCCGUUUGGCGGGAAACGGUUACUAACGGAGAGUAACGGAGAGAGAAUUGAGAGCUUCGUGCAACGGUUGGUGGCUUCAGGGCGGAGCAGCCUGCCGCCGAGUCCGUGCAAAAAUCUUGCCGCCGUCAGCCCGCUUUCCGGCCGUUGAGUUUAAAUGUUAUGAAUAUAUUUUUUUUUUCUUUUUUUGGAGGGGAAGGAAGAAAUGUUGUUAUUAUUAUUUAUUCCAUCUUUUUUUUUUUAUUUUAUUUUAAAAUUUAACAUGCAAUGUAACCUAUCUCAGGUUCACAUUUUAACCCUUUUGUUCGGUUUGAGUUAGUUAUGGGAGUUAAGCCGCUAAUUGGAAUUAA